AUGUCUGCAAGUUACCAUCCAGCUGCUUUGACUGUUCUGUACCUGCUUGCGGCAUUACUUGGGCUCUAUUUGCUCUUCAUCUUCCUCGCCGUUAUACCGUUCUUCCAAAAGCAGUUCUUGUAUGCUCACAACAUCCACACUCUCCUCUGGAACGACGUCAACAAACCCGAGAAAUGGGGAUUUGCCCCAGGCCAGGUGACGCCAUUCAAACUGACUACCGCCGAUGAGGAGACAAUCUAUGCGUGGCACAUCUUACCGCUCCCGGUAUACUUGAAGAACGAGUCUGCUGUAUCAGGCCAAAAACGUGGCCUGGCAGAGGAUUUUCCUUCCACCGAGUCAUUCCGUCUAUUGAAGGAUGAUCCGGAAGCUCGGCUGGUGCUAUACUUUCACGGGAAUGCGGGCCAUGUCGCGCAAGCCAUUCGCCCAAUGAGCUACCAUGCCCUGACGGACACAUCGUCAUACCAUGUUGUAGCCAUCGACUACCGUGGUUUUGGACACUCGUCUGGAUCGCCCAGUGAGGAAGGCCUCAUUGAAGAUGCGUCGGCACUGGUGGAGUGGGCGACAAAGGUAGCUGGCAUCCCUUCGUCCCGGAUUGUGCUGCUUGGCCAGAGUCUCGGCACGGCUGUAGUCAGUGGAGUCGCGGAGAAGUACUAUUCCAAGGACAUUGAGUUCGCGGGCAUCGUUCUCGUAGCGGGUUUCAGCGACUUGGCCACAAUGCUCAGCGAGUAUCGUAUCGUCGGAGUCGUCCCUGUCCUCGCCCCUUUCCGGUACGUUCCGUGGCUGUUGAGGCUGCUGCACCGGUUUGUCGUCGACAAAUGGAAUUCGGCAGACCGAUUAGGCAAGAUUGUCGACAAAACCCAGACGAGGCUGCGUCUGAGUCUAGUCCACGCCAAGAACGAUAAGGAUAUUCCGUGCACGGAGGAUGACAAGCUCUUCAAGGCAGCUGUCUGCGCAGCGGUGGGGAUCACCGAUGAUAAUGAAUUCUUAAAGUGGAAAGAGGAACGAACAGUUCGUAAGAGCGAGGACGCAUUUGUGACGACGUGGAAAUCCACGCCUAACAUCAUUGUUCGUCAGGAGCUGUUUCCGUACGGAGGUCACAACAACAUCAUGGGAUACGCGCCUGUUUCCCUGGCUAUUAUGAGGUCCUUCGACUUGCACGGGACAGCCUACGCUUAG